AUGUUUGCACCGUUUCUGCUCAUGGCUAGCUGCCUCGUGCUGGGAGGUUUUUCCAAGCCAGUAGGAGUCGAUGUGGUAGCAAGUCGGUUCGAACACACAGCGAUAGACUUGCCUGUGGCAAGUAGAGGGUUGCAGAAACGCGACGCAGAUGUUGCGUUUGAUCUCGGAUUCCGUGUCACGGACAAGACGUUGUUCUCAGGCACGUUCAAUACGCCAAACGGCGAAUCCGCAACAUUGUCCCUCAACUGCGUCGACUGCCAUACAUGGGGAACCAUUACUGCGUCGGCUUUGUUUCCAGACAGCUUUGGUGAUCUCCUAGACGACUUUGGCGAUCUGAACCCGCUCAACGACGUCAGCCUGGCCUUGGGAUUCAGUGGCGUGGGAGCUCGGGUCCAGGUUGACAUGUCUGCUGCUGUGGACGGAACAGUCAAGAUUCCCCUUUUCGUCUCAGAGACGCCUCUGGGUAUUGCGAUUCCUGGUACGCAGAUUGGUAUUGUCUUCUCGGUUGACUUGGUACUUGGUCUCUCGGGAGAAGUGGCAACCAAUGCUGGCUUUGAAGUCGUCUUACCGGAUUCAUCUUCAUUUGCACUCUCUUUGGAUCCUUCGAAAGAUGUUGUUGCUGAUUUUAAUGGUAUUGCCACCAGUCUUCUUCCGAUCACCACUGAGAUCCCGGCGAAUUUGACAAUGGCCCUCCAGCUUAGUGUGGAGGCAGGAGUAGAGCUGAGCGCGGCUGGGCUGUCACCUGCAUUAACGGCGUUGGCUGGAGCCCUGAUCAAUAUCCCCGAAGUGACAAUCGGUGAGGGCUUUGCAACGAAUGAGACCUGCCUACCAGUAUUUGCAGACAUUAACAUCAACGCGGGCGCCUCGGUCGACAUUGGCGCGGAUAUAGCCGGCUUCGAACUACCGGGCAUCAAUCCGGCAGUGUCGACGACGUUUAUCGAUUUGGCGACGAGCACUUGCUUCGGUGAUCAGACAUUGUCGCCACCUACCGCGACUACCAGUGUUAAUGCGAGUGUCGUCUGCCCCGUCGCGCUCGCGACCCAGACGAUUACUACCACGCCGACGCAGUCCCUCAUAGCUUGCGCCGUGUCCGAGGUGCUGUGCCCGGCAAGUUUGACGCAGGUGAUCCUCGCAGAGGCAACGCAGACCAUCACGACGUCAAGUUGUCCCCUUGGGCCCUGGGGUAAUAGUACCAUGUAUGCCCAGACAGCGACGGCACUUGGUCUUGGUACGGGAACACUAGCAGCCAAAGCCACAUCAGCGCCGUCACUCAAUGUAAAACAAAAAAUGCCACUGCCCCUCCGACCAGGUCCGGGGUUCUUUCCGAUGGCACCGUCUCCGCUCCCUACACAAAGGUAUCCUAUGCAGCCUAGGCAGCCACGGCAGUAG